CUGACUCAGAGUACGUUGCCGAUUUGCCGUGACCUCCGCAGAGGGGGUUUCAGGUACCAUGUUAUAGUGACUUUUCUGUUAUAUGGAAUCAAUUUAAGCUCUUCGUCAACAGGACGAAAAAAGCUACAACUACAGACAAAACAAGCUUCCAUCCACCUUUGUCUCUAUUGUUUACGAGGGACUACACCCUGUUUGGAACUAUACAGCACACAAGACCAUCUAGAGGCUGAAUGAUAUACUGAAUCCUCUUAGCAUAGGUAUGCCUGUUUGACUGCCAUGGUCGUGGAUGAUGGAAAAGCAACCGUCAAACAACAGUAUCCUCGAUCAGUUUAUUAAUAGCCAGGAGCAGACAUAUGAAGAAUUUCUCCGCACGUUCACUUAUCUUUGGAAAGAAGAGGUGAAAAUGAAAAGCCGAGUAUCUGAAAUGGAUUCCAUAGAAAAUACAUUUUCAAUGCUUGAGUUGUCAAACAGAAACAAACAGAAUGUCUCUCCUGUAAGAAACAAAGAGCCAUCAGUGUCUCUCUCAUCACAGACUGUGGAUGAAGACCAGAUAAUGAUGGGUGAAAGCUGGAAAGUUGGCUGCUCUAACCAAGGUGACCUCAGUCUGGCAAGAAGAGUGAAGGUGGACAAUUACUUGGAGUUGGAAGAUUUUGACACAGAUGAUGAAUUCGGUCAAGGGACAUAUAGUGCAGGGUCAUUAUUGCUUCCAGGAGAGGUGGAGCAGACAGCAACUUGCUAUACACCUUCCUUUGAUCAGCCUACUAAUCUGGAGUUUGGAACCUUGUCAAUUACACAACCAUCAAUCAGCAGAACACAAGAGCUAUGUGGGGAUGAAGUUCAGCUGUUCUCCCUUGAUGAAGAAUUUGACUAUGACAGUGUGCCAUUGACCCCCAAGUUCUCUGAGACUGAGAUGAAGGCCAUUAUAAACUUAUCUGAACAGAAAAAAGUAAGGAUCGGCCUUAAGUCUGAAGACUGAAGCUGAUGGACCUUGCUGAACAUUCUCUGUUAUUCAGCUGGAAAAAUAUUUGUAAGGGGAAAAUCCAGCUCCCUCUUCUGCAAUCAUAGAGGGCUCUUUUGCAAUGAAGCCAGCGUGGGCCUGUCAUAGAACCUGUGGGAUGUUCAUAUACUCCAGUGUCUCUCAAAAUUUUGUACUGGUGACCCCUUUCACAUAGCAAGCCUCUGUGUGUAACCCCCUCUUAUACAUUAAAACACUUUUUCAUAUAUUUAACACCAUUAUAAAUGCUGGAGGCAAAGUAGGGGUUUGGGGUGGAGGCUGACAGCUCAUGACCCGCCAUGUAAUAACCUUGCGACCCUCUGAGGGGUCCUGACUCCCAGUUUUAGAACCCCUGAUAAACCCUGCGCAGCACUGGGCUGAAGUAGCCUCUGCGUAGUAGUAGUAUAUAUUAUUUGUAUUACUGUAGUGCCUAGGAGCUCUAAUCAUAGAUCAGGACCCCAUUGUGCUAGCUGCUCUUCAAACACAGAACCAAAAGGUGGUCCCUGCUCCAAAGAGCUUACAGUCUAAACAUAGCAGCUCCACCGCCUCUCUCUCUGCCCCCUUUACAUAUCCCUAGAGCAACUUGCCUAGGUACUCAUACUGGAUGCUGGGGUCUGGAUUGAUUCCUAUAUGCAUACAAUUCCUACAUAUAUCAGUGGGUUUUGAAAGACUUAAGCCCUGGUUCUCAGCCCCAGUUCCAGUUGCUUUGUUGUUCUCUGGCAGCAUGAAGCAACAGGAAUGGUUCAUUAAAAGGCAGCUAGGAAUUCCUGUGUUGAAGAAAAAAUCUGUGAGUGGCAUACAAUGUGUGCAGUGCUAGAAUAAUCACUCCUUAGGGGUCAGUAUAAACCGGUGUAAAUUAGACUACGUUUUGUGCUGACUUCAGCCCCUAACCAGCCCAGAGUUGUCUCAGGGCCAUUUUUGCCUGGCUCCCUCAGGAGUGUAAACAUUAGCUUGUGGCAAGUGAGCAUUCAACCUUUAGUCUCUUUUUCUGGGAUUAUAAGGUGAAAAGAUACAGAGCUGUGGACCAGUGAUCAAACCCAGGAAGGAUUUUGAUACCUUCUGUGUGAUUUCAGUUCUUCAGACCAGUAAUAUUCCUAUUUUUUCAAUGUUUUUUCCUUAUGUGGGUUUGAAUUAAGUGUGUAUAAUUCCUGAAAAUCA